AUGCCUUCCCCCCCGCGGUUGUUGUUCCUCCAGCCCCGGCCGGUAAUGUUGUGGUUGCCGUUCCCCGUGCCCCAGCAGGGUUCGUGGGUGCCGUGGUCCCAGACCACCUUCACCCAGUUGCCGCCAGCCGCCACCUUCGCUGGUUCGGUCCUCCCAGGCCUCCCACCCCACACAGGGGCACAAGCUUUGUCCGCCCGCGAAAGGGCAUGGUGUCGCGAGCCUAUCCAAAGGCCCGUGCUCAUUGCUGGUUUGGACAAUCCAAACCAGUUGGCUGUUCGCGCUCAGCUCCGCGAGGGAAUCCUCGUGACUAGAGCUGGGGCCCAGCCACCACCUGGACAGGAGUGCUCCGCCUGCAAGAGAGCUCAGCAAGGCUAUGGCAACAUAGUCUUCGCAGAGUGCAUCUCCGCGGGCAUGGGUCAAAGAUGCGAAGUAAGGAAUUAG